GCAUGCGCAGUGCGGCACAAUUAAGACGCGUCGGAGUGGGACGGAGCAGGCUGCGAGAGGAGGCACUCGGGGUGAAACCUUGUUAAGGCGUUCGGUUCCCCUCAUCGUCCGCUUUCCCGCAAUGUCCAAACCGAAGUUUCAGACGGAGUGGGAGGAAAUUGACGAAGAAUAUCAACAAUUGCAGGAAACCCAUAAAAUAUACAGGCAAAAAUUGGAGGAGCUCACCAAUCUCCAGGCAACAUGCAGCAGUGCCAUCAGUAAACAAAGGAAAUGCCUAAAAGACCUGAGGUACAGCCUGAGCAGAUGUGCAAAGAAGUGUGACGAGGAAGAGCUGAAAGUCAUAACGGACAUCAGGACGCAAAUCAAAGAUAGAGAAAAUGUUUUCUUUGACAUGGAAGCUUAUUUGCCAAAGAAGAAUGGACUCUACUUGAGUUUGGUCUUGGGCAAUGUGAACGUGACGCUUCUGAGUAACCAGGCAAAGUUUGCUUAUAAAGACGAGUACGAGAAGUUCAAACUUUAUAUGACCAUAAUCCUGAUGUUUGGAGCUAUAACCUGCCUCUUCUUUCUCAACUAUCGGGUGACAGAUGAAAUCUUCAACUUUUUACUGGUGUGGUACUACUGCACCCUGACCAUUAGAGAAAGCAUCCUAAUGAGCAAUGGCUCCAGGAUCAAAGGCUGGUGGGUGUCUCACCACUAUGUUUCCACUUUCCUGUCAGGGGUUAUGCUAACCUGGCCGGAGGGGCCAAUGUAUCAGAUGUUCAGGAGCCAGUUUCUUUCAUUCUCCAUUUAUCAGAGCUUUCUCCAGUUCCUCCAGUACUACUACCAGAGCGGCUGCUUGUACCGGCUGCGCGCUUUGGGAGAGCGAAAUCAGCUGGACCUCACAGUGGAGGGGUUCCAGUCCUGGAUGUGGAGAGGACUCACAUUUCUUCUGCCUUUCCUCUUUUUUGGCCACUUUUGGCAGCUCUACAACUCUGUGACCCUGUUUCGCCUGGCAGGGCAUGAGGACUGCAAGGAGUGGCAGGUCUUCAUGCUGGCACUGACAUUUCUCGUCCUCUUCCUGGGAAAUUUCCUCACCACAUUAAAAGUUGUCCACCAGAAAGUUCAAAACAACCAGGACCAAGUGCAAAAGAGUGACUGAGAAUCAUUUCAGCCAAGUAUCCCUCCAACGGCCAGUAAUCGGGGAAGCAAACACGCACAGCCGCAUGACGGACAGACCACAGAGCGCUCAGGCUGGGAGGGGGCGGGGCCGCCGGCGCCCUUUCUCACAGCCGCGCCCGGCCCCCUCAUUACUCCCCAACGCCCCCCUGAGGGGGCUAAUCAGUGCUGAUGUCCACGUAACAAGACAAGCAUUGUCGCAUUAUCCUGUGUAUAUAAAAUGUGAGCGGAGAGAAUGUGUUACUCCAUGUUUGUGUCAGCGCGUGGGUCUCAGAGAGCCUUUGUUCAAAUCAUAUGCAACCAAACAAGGGCAGGUAGCAGAACUGAACAUCGUUUGCCUUUUUAAGACCUAAAGUCUGUCACGUGCAUACUUCUGUGAAGUAGUAAUGGUCAAACUGGCUCUGGCUCAUGUUCACUUCAUGUCAAUACCUGUUUUUUGUUGGGUUUUUGUUUGUUUUUUUUUGUCCUCAGCCCGGUGUCAUGCUGGUUCCCUGCUAACUGCUGUUUCUCCCAGAUGUCAGACAUGACGUGUAAUAUACAUUAACUUCAGUGUGAUGGAGGAAAAGGGAAACUCUACCGUGGCGUUCUCUUCUCAGUACAGUCAGAGUUCAACUCUUGCUCUUUUUAAUGUCGAGAAAAAAAUAAGAUUGCGACAAGGGAACGCAACAGCAUCUUUCUCCCCAGGCAGAAAUUACAAAAGUCCUUUGUAUGCUCCGCCUCAACUGCAGAGAAAGCAUAGCAUCCUUUUUCAUGAUCACAGGGACGUUAUUACCAGGCUGGAUGUUUACAAUACUUCAUUGUGUUUGUCUGAUGGUUUUAAAUUUGGAACGUUUCAUGAGUGUGGAGGUGGUUAAAAUGUUGCGUUAGAAACUAUCAAAUGCUGCUAAUCACAUAGAUUCUGUUACUUUAACACAGCUAAAGGUUCUGGACCUUUUUUUUUUUUUUUUCUAAUUAUAUACAAUGUCAGAAGUAUAACUUAAAAAUGUGUCGAGAUUCAUGUCUGAAACUUUCACUCUGGUUACCUGUGGUUUUGCAUCUGUGUUUUGUGCAUGUAAUCAAAGCUCAGGUCUAUCACGCCUUACUCUCCCUUGAUCUGGCAAAGAAAAAAAAGUUAUCUAUUUGUUUCUGUGUUUUUGUUUAUCAUUUGAGCGUGUUUAUUGAGUGGAGAGACUGAAGCAGGUCAGACAGUUAAGAGUUUCAUUUCAUUUCGGGAGCCGCUCCUCUGCACAAAGCAACAUUAUAUCCUCGUCUUUUUCCCCACGAUGUAGCUGUUGGUUCAGAGACUGUUUCAGGUGCCUGGACUGGGGUCAGUAACACAAGACAGUGGCCAGUUUCUUAAUCUGUGUACUUUGUGAAAAUAUUAAACGCCUCAAUCAGCAGCUGUGCAAGUGUUUGAUGUGCAACGUCACAGGCAGUGUGUGCCUUUAUUUCAGCCCUGGAGGGGGGGUCCAGACUGCAGCCCUGAGAUAUCGCUGCGGCCUCUAGUGGGCGCUGUCGCUAAAGCUAAAAACCGAGUUCCUGAUGUUUUGAUCAAACUAAACCCACAGCACCAGCACAGCCUCCAAAUGCUGUGACCUGCUGUUCAGCCACUGCAAGAGGCUUUUGGAUUUCUUUCUUUUUUAUCUUCUGAUCAUUUUUUUUAGUUCAACUUUAAACACCCGGCAAAUAAAAUACACUCUGACCAAGUCAGAACUGUGGAUCUUCUUCCAAUUAAUACAUUCUACAAUUACACAACUGAGCAAAUGCUUGCCAUUACAAAAGUUUUUUUUUUUCUUUUCUUAAAUAAUACUAAAAAGAAGAGCGAGGUCACAGGAAUUUCAUGUUCGCUACCUAAGAACAAAAUAUUGCCGCUUGUGAAACAGUCUUUCCUGUUGCAGCAAU